AUGGCUAUCCUUGCCUUUCUUCCACCGGUCCCACCAUUCCUUUUCUCGGCUCUGGUUGUAGGCAGCCUCGCCUCCAAGGCCUUACACAUCGGCCUUCAUUUUCAUUCGUUACCCUUCCUCUACCUCGUCCUAUAUUCACCGACACUCAUUUUACCAGAACUGUUCAUCAUUGCUUUUGUGCGAACACUAUUACAAUUUCCCGCUCCCGAAUCGUGGCGCCAAUGGAUACCGACAUGUCUGGGUGGAUUCCUUUCCUUAAUCACCUGGGGGGCUUCCUCUGUCCAAUUCGGCUUCUUCAUGCAGACCGGCGCGGAGGUCGCCUGGGCUGCUAGCAACAGUUUUCUUAGCGAUCCCGCCGCCAUGAAGAUCUUGUUGAGUGGCAUCUCAACCGUCUCCGCCGCAGCUACCGUUUUGGGCCUGGUGGCAUGGUUGAUCCAUGCCCAUCUUUACAAUGUGACCGGGUUGGCGUUACAAGGCAUGCGAGAGUUGAUGGUGGGGGCUUUCAGAGCGCGACGCAAUGUGUUUUCAAUUCCCAAUAAAUCUUGGAUUGCCUCCGUCGAGCUUCGAUCUGCUCGACGUGCCGCUAUUGUCGUUUCCGCUGUAACCUCGCUCUUAUUUUUGGAGCUCUCACGACCUUCCAUACCUUACGACCAUCUCUCUGGCGCAUUGCCUUUGACUCUGCUCGAUGCAUUCACCAAGAAGACAAGUACAGUGGAAGGCUGCCGUAAUCCUUCCAAGCCAUUCCCUCUUUGGCCUGUUGAAAAGAGCUCUCCGGAUUGGUCUCGAGCCUCAUGGCUGCCUCAAGAUCCACCACCAGGGUUUAGCCGCUGGGAUAUGAGUCCUGUGCAGCGUGCGGAGAAGGAUAACCCUUCUUAUUAUCUUUGCAGUGGUGAUGAAAAUGCCUUCUUCAAUCCAACAGCGGAUCCCCUUAAGAUUUCAAACCUGGGAGGUGACAUUUAUGAACCGUUACAGAAGGCCUUCGAGGAGCAUUCGGUGGAAAUUAAUAACAUCGUUCUGUUGACCCUUGAGAGUGGGCGAAAGGAAAUGUUCCCCAUGCAGCAGGGCACACCCAUGUUUGAUUCACUCAUCGCCUCCCACAAGGAGAAGAAAAGAAACCAGGCGAUUGACCGUCUUGUCAAGAUGACCCCGAUUGCGCAGAUGCUGACCGGUGAGUAUGUCCAGGACAGCAAGGGCGAAAAGGUGGAUCUCAGUGAGGCGAAUUGGCAGGAUCCCGCGGAGGAGGGUAUGGGUGGACUCAACGUUCGGGGAGCACUCACAGGCAGCUCAUUAACCUUCAAGAGUAUCCUGGGUAGUCAUUGUGGUGUCCAUCCUUUGCCGGUUGAUCUCUUGGAGGAAUCCAUGCUGGAAAUUUACCAGCCCUGCUUGCCGCAGCUUUUGGAAUUGUUUAACCAGAAAAAGCUGCCAAAGACCAUUGAAGCGCGGACUAAUGGGUCUACUUCCGAGGCCUUACAACACCAGUGGAAGUCCGUCUUUAUGCAAUCCAUCACCGACGACUAUGACCGUCAAGACAUCCUGGACAAAAACAUGGGCUUCAAACACAAGGUUGUGAAGCAGACCAUGAAUGCUUUCAAGUCCAAGUACAAACCCAAGGGAGAAGAGAUCAAUUACUUUGGAUACGCCGAGACAGAACUACAACCAUAUGUGCGCGAUCUGUUCUAUGAGGCAGCAAACAACAAGACCCGCGUCUUCCUCUCACAUGUCACCAGCACAACACAUCACCCCUGGGGAACCCCCAAGAAUUUCGAGAAGGAAAGAUACAUGGGCUCUGAAGGCACCGCGAACCACGACCUAAUGAACAACUACCUGAACGCCGCUCGCUUUGUCGACAAUUGGCUCGGCGAUGUCCUAAACCUACUCGAUGAAACCGGCAUCGCCAACUCCACCCUAGUCGUCAUAGUAGGUGACCACGGCCAAGCCUUCGGCGAAGACAACAAAGAUAUGACAGGCACCUACGAAAAUGGCCAUAUCAGCAAUUUCCGCGUCCCUCUCGUCUUCCGACACCCCCAUAUGCCUCGCAUAGACAUCACAGCCAACGCAACCGCUCUCACAAUCAUCCCCACCAUCCUAGACAUGCUCGUCCAGUCAAACUCUCUCGACAAAACCGACUCCGAAAUUGCGUCCGCUCUCCUCCCUGAAUAUCAAGGUCAAUCACUCAUCCGCCCCUUCAUUCCAUUCAUCAAAGACGAAUCCGAAUCUCCCGACAACGCCCAGAUUAAAAACCCCGACGAACUCGAAGAACGUGCCCCGCACAAGAACCGUCCCCGUACCCGGCACGUCUGGAACUUCGGCCUCAUCAACGCCGGUGGCUCCAUGAUCGCCGUCACGGCCGCUGGUAUGCCGUACCGACUCAUUCUCCCACUCCGCGAAGGCUUCGAGUAUGUCUUCACACACCUAGACAAAGAUCCGGGAGAGCUGCGACCCAUCAAAGCGUGGACAUUAUCCCAGCUUGUCAACGAGGUUCGUUCGGGUUACCACGAAGACGCAGUGGAGUGGCUUGAAGAAGCCGAGAAAGUAGGGAAAUGGUGGACGAAUGAACAAAGACGGGUUUGGGGGUACAGAGAAGCUUAG